AUGCAAAUAUUUUCGUCUGAGCGGGAUACCUACCGUUCUGACGCGAAGUAUGAGGAGGAGGAGGCUCUGCCCCUUGAGGGGCUUGAGAAGACCUGUGUGCUACAACAGUGUCGCGUGUUCAACGAGGUGCGUCUUGACAUUUCCACCUGUCUGCAUUCCAUGACGCAGUGCUUGUAUCUUUUGUACACCGGCACAACACUCACGGAGGCGGAGGCGACGGAUCUUUUCUUCAUGUCCACAAAACUCCUGCAGUCCACUCACCCGAAACUUCGCCGACUUCACUACGUGUUAAUGAAGGAGCUAAGCCCGCUCGUGGAGCAGCGUUUCAUCGCAUCGAAUUCACUCAUGAUUGACAUCAAGAGCAACAGCGACGCUAGCAAGUCCAACGGCAUUCGUACGCUCUUCAAGGUGAUGAACAGCUCCCUCUACGCGUCUAUGGACCGCACCAUUGUGGAGGCCCUGACGUCGCAGAGCAGUGGCGUUGUCUGCGCCGCCAUUGUGACGGGGCUGCACAUCGCCCAAGUGAAUCCAGACAUUACAAGAAAGUGGGGCACGCAACUCACCGAGGUGAUUUGCAGCUGUGGAAAGGCGCAGUACGCCGCCAUUGCGCUGCUGCACAAGAUGCGGAAGAAUGAUCGGCUUUCUGUCAUGCGCCUCAUUGAUCAGGCCAAGAGUGGCGUGAUUCGUUCACCAAUGGCUUUGUGCCUGCUUAUUAAGAUCUGUACGGAGUUAAUGCGGGAGGACUUUGAGGGGUCGCUUGACAUCUACAAGUUUGUGACGCUGAUGAUGCAGAACACCAACGACCUGGUGGUGUUUGAGUCGGUGAAGUCGAUCUGUUCGCUGCGCCACAUCACGGCGAAGGAGGUCUCACCAGCGGUGAUAAUGGUGCACCUGUACCUCAGCGCCCAGAGCGCUGUGUUGAGGUUUGCUGCGAUUCGGGUGUUGAAUGAGGUGGCCACACAGCACCCGGCAGCAGUGGAACCCAUCAACUCGGAGAUCGAGAACCUCGUGACGGACCCCAACCGCAUCAUCGCCACCCUCGCCAUCACGACGCUGCUAAAGACGGGAACAGAGCUCACCAUUGAGCGGCUUAUCACGCAGCUCUCGGCGGCGGGCUAUCUGCGGGAGCUGGGCGACGAGUUCAAGAAGGUCAUCAUCGACACCAUGCGGGUGCUGAGCGUCAAGUUUCCCGCGAAGUACAACGCGUUCCUCGGGUUUCUUUCCAAAUUUCUCACCGAGGAGGGCGGCAGCGAACUGAAGGAGAACGUGGUGGACGUCACGAUUGAGAUUGCCAAGUUGAACCCGGGCUCAAAGGAGUCGGUUCUGAGGCACCUUGCGGAGUUUAUUGAUGACUGCAACUACCCGAAGAUUGUGCGCCGGGUGCUGAUGUACCUCGGCGAGGAGGUGCCGCUGACGGAGAACCCAAGGACGUUUGUGCGCUACAUCUACAAUCAUGCGACGCUGGAGGGUCCUGAGAUUCGCGCUGUGGCCGUCAGCACACUGGCCAAGCUGGCGGCCAGUGUUCCCUCCCUGCGUCGCUCCAUUGUCAUUCUGCUGAAACGUAUCUGCAACGACGUAGACGAUGAGGUACGGGACCGGGCCGUGCUCUACACACGACUCUUUCUGAAUAAAGAUGAGAACAUUAUUCGUUUGAUGGUGCAUGAUGUUGCCAACGCUGUGGCCAUAGGACGCCAGACACGCAUCACAGCACGGUCCGCCGUACUGAAUACCGCAGCGGAGGACCUUAGCCGACAGAAGACUAUCGCCCAGGCGGCUGAAAACGGCGUGGAGGAACCCACGCUGCUUAGCCACGUUGUGCUGCAGGGUCGAGAGAAGAUGCAGAAAGUCAAACAGCUUAUGGAGCUUGGCGAGCCGUGUGUCUCCAGCGAGCAGGUGCCCUUGACAGACCCUGACAGUGAGUAUCUGGUGACAGUGAUGAAGCACACGUACGCCUCACAAAUAGUUCUGCAGUUUACGGUGAAGAACACGAUGGAGAAUAUUGCGUUUAACAACCUCGUCAUCGACGUGAACACGGACGAGGUGGAGGUGGAGCCGCAGUACGUCAUCCCCAUCGCGACUGUGGUGCCUGGUGCCACGGAGCACGGCUACGUGUUGUUGCGCUACGAGGAGGAACACUACCCGAGUGGGACGCUGGAGUGCCGCCUCAGGUUUGCCAUGCAGGAGGAGGGCGGAAGUGUUGAGGAGGAGGAGGAGUACCCGCUGGAAAGCUUUGACAUCAACGUUAGCGACUUCAUCUCCCCUGUGAACCUUGGCGGCGCCUUCGAGACGCAGUGGGAGAAGCUGCAAGAUGAGGAGACGACAGGGACAUACUCGCUGAGUUCAAUGCGCAACCUGACAGUGGCUGCGCGGGAGCUGGUGGAGUUUUUCGGGAUGUAUGUUGAGGGCGGCAAGCCGGAUAAAAUCACGACGUCGUCUCACACGCUGCACAUGUCUGGCACCAUGGCAAACCGUGCCCGCUCCCUGGUGCUCAUCGCCGCAAGAGUGUUCAUCGCAAAGGAUAAGGGCGUGACGCUACAGUUAACGCUGCGGGGGGCAACGUCGGAGCUGCGCGACUAUCUUUCCGCCGCGCUGCUCGCGUAG